AUGGGAUUACGUGAUUUAUUUCGAAGACAUAAGAAAGAAAAUCGUGCUCCCCCUUCUACCACUAAAAAUGAAAAAUCAAAUGCACAGCAGCAACAGAAGCGAAAGGUUCCUGGUAUAAAACCUAUUGAUUUCAAUGCUCCAGUGCCAGAAGGUAUUUCGGAAAAAUAUCGUCAAUUUCCAUUUCCAACACGUCGUAAUGAUAUAACAAAUGAAUAUGAUUUAUCUGAAGAAUCAUUAGGUGUUGGUAUAAAUGGUAAAGUUUUGACAUGUUGGCAUCGUGCAACCAAACGUAAAUGUGCUCUUAAAAUCAUAAAGGAUUCAGAUAAAGCUCGACGUGAAGUUAUUUUACAUAAAAAAGCUAGUGAAGGAUGCGUUUAUAUUGUUCAAAUACUUGAUGUUUAUGAAAAUAUGUUUGAAUCAAAUCGAUGUUUGUAUAUUGUUAUGGAAUGUAUGGAAGGUGGAGAAUUAUUUAAUCGUAUUCGCAAUAGACGUGAUAAACCAUAUACAGAACGAGAAGCAGCUAAUAUUAUUCUAAUGAUUGCUAAAGCUGUUGCACAUUUACAUCGUAUGGAUACAGCUCAUCGUGAUCUUAAACCAGAAAAUUUACUUUUUUCAAAUACUUCUGAAGGUGCUUUACUUAAAUUAACAGAUUUUGGAUUUGCUAAAGAAGGCAAUAAUGAAAAACUUCCAUUGAUGACACCAUGUUAUACUCCAUAUUAUGUUGCACCAGAAAUCUUGUCCAAUAAUAAAUAUGAUAAAGCAUGUGAUAUUUGGUCAAUGGGUGUUAUAAUGUAUAUUCUUUUAUGUGGUUAUCCACCAUUCUUUUCUGCUCAUGGUGGUACGAUUAGUGCUGGAAUGAAAUCAAAAAUUAAAGCUGGCGAAUAUAAAUUUCCAAAAGCUGAAUGGAAAAAUGUUUCACAAGAAGCUAAAUCACUUAUAGAAAAAAUGUUAACAGUUGAUCCAGAUGCACGUGUUACUAUUGAUUGGAUUCUUCGAUGUUCAUGGUUAAUUGGUACAGUACCUGAAACACCAAUUGAUAUACGUUCAAUGCUUGAUUCUGAAAAUUGUGAACAAAUGCGAAUUGAAAUUGCUGCUGCAAAUCAUGCUCAACGUCGAGCUGAUGCUGAUGACGAUGAAAAUAUAAAUCUUCUUACACAUAGUAAUUCACGUAUAGCAAGACGCGCUGCUAAACGACAACGACAAUCUACUACUGAAAAUGUUGCAUCACCAUUAUCACAAAUUGACGAAUAA